AUGGCCUCGGUCUCAGAGCUUACUUGCAUCUACUCAGACCUCAUCCUGCAAAACGAUGAGGUGAUGGUCACAGAGGAUAAGAUCAGUGCCCUCAUUAGAGUAGCUGGUGUAAGAGUUGAACCCUUCUGGUCCCGCUUGUUUGCAAAAACUCGGGCCAACGUCAACAUCAAGAGCCUCAUCUGGAAUGUAGGGGCUGUUGGACCUGCCCCAGUAGCUGGUGCUGCACCAGCCAAUGGUCCUGCCCGCUCUGCCACUGCUGCCCCCGCAGAGGAGAAGAAAGUGGAGGCAAAGGAAGAAGAAUCUUCGGAGUCUGAUGACGACACGGGCUUUGGUCUAUUUGACUAA